CCUUCUUUUCUGUGCUAGAAAUGCAUUUGCCAGGGCGUUUGUUAAGCUUGAAUCACGGGUAUGGGAAGAUGGGCUGCUGGUGGACGGUUUUCACACUUCUUUUAAACUUUAAGUUCACUCACGGGUCCCCCUCCUCGUAUGACUUGUUCCACGGCUCUGCGUAUGCAGGCGCGGUGCAGAGACACAGGAGUAGGAACUGGUGUGCCUAUGUGGUGCAGAGGAACGUGAGCUGCGUGGUGCAGGGCAGUGCUGAGAGUUUACAGGAGCCCGUGGUGGCCCCCUGCCCAGCUUACCAGCCUGACUGCCAGCAACAAGUGACAUAUCAAACACGGCUUCGACCCACAUACAAGAUUGCUUACAAGACAGUCACAGAGUUAGAGUGGAAGUGCUGUCCUGGUUACCAAGGCCCCGACUGCAGGGAUUUGAAGCCCUCUCCUGAUCGGCACACCGUACGGGGAGUGCACCCGUACCGCCCAUCAAAUCCCAGCUACUCAGCCAGACACACGCAGAGAGCAGAGCGGAGAGAGACGGCACACCAUGAGACCCGGCAUGGAGGGACAGACAAGGUCCGCCUUUUGGAGGGUGAAGUCCAGCGUCUGUCUCAGACUGUCCUAGAUCUCCAGUCCACUUUGACGGGUUUGACCACCAACCUCCGCACAGACCUGCAGGACGACACGAAGAAGAUGCUGGUGACGCUUUUAAACAACAUGCAGCCGCCAGUUGGAAGCAACGACGCGAGCACCGAGGACAGCCCAGCAGUUCUAGACGGCCACCAAACCUCCAGAGGUGCGCUCGCUGGAGAACAAACCCUAGAAAAAUUGGUAUCCCGUUUAGAUGAUAUUGAUAUUGCAAUGAAAAGUAAAGAUGAAGUGCUGGAAGACCUGAGAGGACUCACGACCAAUCACGAAGGGCAGAUCCGUGUCCUAAUGGAUGCUUCCCAGUCUCAGACUCCGGCAAUUGCUGAGUUUGAUGUUAUACAGAGUUACAUUGAUAAGAAAUUUGACACGCUGAAGAAAGACUUAGACCAGAGUAUUGAAGCGCAGAUGGCUAAACUACAGGGUUCAUGCAAUAACAAGAUUGAAACGGCGCAGAAGAACUGCGAGGAUGGCCACGACCAACUUUUUGCCAGGUUGAACAAGCAGGUGGAAACCAAAGAGGCUGAUCUGAGGAAAGAGAUACGGGCCCUUCGUCUCCAUAUGGCUGCUGCUGAUGGGCCUGUGCAAAACCAAAGGCAGACAGAGCCGCAGGAGAAGGACUACAGUGACCAUAAGGACUUGUGGCGCGAGAUCGAUCGUAUCGCAGAGGCUCACCGGAUCCUUAAUGUCCGCAUCGACAACGAGCUGGCUCAUUUGUCUGCUCCCCAGGACGUCGAUGACGUGAACCUGCUGAUGGAGGAGCUCGAAGCCCGUUUGAAUAUCACAGAGCAAAAUGCAGAGACUCAUUGUUUCUAUAUAGAAGAGAAAUUGACCAGAACAAUUGCAGAUGAAGUGGCAGCGCUUCGCAAACUUCUGGACGAACGUUUGAACAGGGUUGAGGACCAGUUUACAAACAUGCUGGUGGACAUGACCAAUAAGUCCUUCUCAGGGAUGUCUGCUGACUCCAUGGAUGCAGUCCAGGCACAAGUCAACAACAAUAGGUUUCUCCUCCAGGGUUUGGAUGAUAAGGUUAACUCUGUUGAAGAGUUAUGCUCUGCGGGAUGUUCAGGCUCCACAAUUACUGCAAGUGAAGGGAGAUCUGUACUUCCACCUAAAGAUCUAGAGAACAUUUUAAAGGGCCUGAGUCGGUACCGGAAUGACUUGGACGUCCUUCACACAGAUGUAGGUUCUAACACAGACAAGCUGAGACGACUGGAGGAUUUUGUUCAAAAGCAGUCGGCUGGAAACGAGAGACAUGUGAAAACAAUGGAGGACUUCCAGAAAGGGCUGAUCAACCUGCAAGAUAACGUGCUCGGCCUAGCCGGCGCCGUCACCGGGUUAGGUGACUCCCUUAGCAAGUACAACCAGGAUGUGGAGAAUAUCAACUCAACAUGCUGCCGCGCCGCGCGGAGCGGCCCUGGCGGCGCAGGCCAUUCCAGCUGGGCAUCAGCCGACGCCACCGGCCGCCAGGUGGAAGAGCUGAAAAACAGGCUGGACGUGCUCGGCGAACAGAUGUCGUCCGAGCUGAAUCACUGCAGACAAAACACACAGGGCGUUUCGGGUGAAAUCUCAGCCGUGGACGGACGCGUAAGCAGACUGGAAAAGGUGUGCGGGAGGCUGGAUGUGGUCUCGGUCAACGUCAAGCAGCUGAAAGACGGGCUGGAGAGGCACGUCGGCGGCCUGCAAGACUGCGUCAACAGGAUGAACGUCACCUGUGGAAACCAUGGGGCCGACAUCAUCACCCUGCAGAACUCCCUGCAAAAGCUCCAGUCGCAGAUGUCAACCAUCGCUAAACACGUUUUAAAAGAUGUCGCUGCCAAAGAACCAGGAAUGACCUUAAGACCAGAGAGGCCAGCUUCUUUGCCCGAUACAACACAGACCAGAACCAGGAUCAAAGAAUACCACAUCCCCGUCAUCAUUCCUCCGUCCAGCCCCAGGCAGCCGUUCAGUCCCGGCCAGCCCGCUCAACCCAACAGGCACGUCAUCAAGAUCAUUCCGGCCAAGCAGCCCUCAGGCCCCCAGCAGCCGGGCCUCCCCGCCCCACCCCUCAUCCCUGUGAGGCCUGUGGUGGAGACAGGGGAGGCAGGACCCCCAGGAUACAUGCGCCGGGUCACCGUGCGCAGAGGAUCUGAGGACUCGUCCAGCAAACCGGUCAAAGGCUUUGCUGGGGCUCCAGGCUACCCACCUCCGCAGCCUGCAUCGUUCAGACAGCAGCCGGCCAGCCACAGAGUAACUCCAGUAGCAGCAAACCUACAGUGGAACCCCAUGUAUGAGUACCAGGCCGCCUCACCAGUAGCCAGCGGCUCUUUUGCGGAUCCCUUCUCCUUCUCGGCCGGCCUCACGCAGCAGCCCCCGCUCUCAGGGGAUUUUGGCGUCAUUCGCUUUAACAGAGUGCUCGUUAACGACGGCGGACACUACAGUUCCCGCACAGGGAUCUUCACGGUUCCACAGCCUGGCCGAUACUUGAUCUCAGGCCUGCUGACUGCAAAGCAAGGUGACCGGAUCGAGGCCGUCCUGUCCGUGUCCAACCGCAGCGUGCACAGGCUGUGGAGUUCGGCAGCCGGUCAACACGGAGGCUCGGCCGGCAGCUCCUGCGGCUGCGGAGGCACUGUGUCCUUCAGUCUGAUCCUACCACUGAGGAAGGGAGACCGCGUGGGCCUGGUUAGGACCGGAGGCCAGCUGGCUACAACCGAGGCCAGGGAGAUCCUCUCCACCUACAGCGCCAUCUUCCUCUAUGCGUCACCGGAUGAAAGCUAGCUGGAGCCAAGAAAAGCAGCACCAAGGACUAGUUUCCAGAUAGCAGGACUGGAUGAAAUGUUCAAGAAAGCUAUUUAACAUGCAGAGUGACUGUGUGAGGAUCC